ACGUGGAGCUCCGAUCAGAGGCUGUUGGAGGAAAGAAAGCGAGCCAGAGGAGAGAGGAAGGGGGGGUGGGAGAACAUUUCCACCUCCGAGUCCGAGUUUCUGCGCGAGUUUGCACGGAUUGCUCUCGAGUGGCGCAAAGCCAAGGCGGCGAGGCGAGGCGGGUUACGAAUCCCCGCAAACCCGCUGCCGGACUCCCCGCGCGGAGGGACGGAGGGACGAGCGCGCGCCUUGGACAAUGGAGGAUGUAUACAGUUACGGCCGCAGCCCAGCCUGGGAGGAACUGGAGCCGGAGAAGGGCCCCACGGUGGAGAUCCAUACCCACCCCGCGGGCGCAGUCACCGGCUCCGGCGCUGUGGACGAGUCCUCCGACAGCGAGGCGGAGCAGGAAGGCCCCCAGAAACUCAUCCGGAAAGUGUCAACUUCAGGACAGAUCAGGAGUAAGACCAGCAUAAAGGAGGGAUUGUUGCUGAAACAGACGAGCUCCUUCCAGAGGUGGAAAAAACGCUACUUCAAACUGAGAGGACGAACUCUUUACUACGCUAAAGAUGCCAAGUCCCUAAUCUUUGACGAGGUUGACCUGUCGGAUGCCAGCGUGGCCGAGUCGAGCACGAAGAAUGUCAACAACAGCUUCACAGUGAUCACUCCAUUCCGAAGGCUUAUCCUCUGUGCUGAGAACAGGAAAGAGAUGGAGGACUGGAUCAGCUCACUCAAGUCUGUCCAGUCCAGAGAGCAUUACGAGACAGCACAGUUUAAUGUGGAGCACUUCUCAGGGAUGCACAACUGGUACGCCUGCUCCCAUGCACGACCCACCUUUUGCAACGUCUGCAAAGACAGCUUAUCUGGGGUUACAUCACAUGGCCUCUCCUGUGAAGCUCAAGACCAAAGACAGAUGGACUUUCUCCUUAAGGAGUCCUUGGUGCACACAGCUUGCAUGGAUGUGUACCCUCGCAAGUGUCCUCUAGGUCAAUGCAAAGUGUCCAUCAUUCCCCCCACGGCUCUGAACAGCAUAGAUUCAGACGGUUUCUGGAAAGCCACCUGUCCUCCAUCAUGCGCCAGUCCUCUUCUGGUCUUUGUCAACUCCAAAAGCGGCGACAACCAGGGGGUGAAAUUCCUUCGCCGCUUCAAGCAGCUCCUUAACCCAGCUCAAGUCUUUGACCUGGUCAAUGGUGGGCCACACCUAGGGCUGCGAUUGUUUCAAAAGUUUGACAACUUCCGUAUCCUGGUGUGUGGAGGUGACGGCAGCGUGGGAUGGGUCCUCUCAGAGAUAGACAAACUAAAUCUACACAAACAGUGCCAGCUGGGAGUGUUACCCCUGGGAACUGGCAAUGAUCUAGCACGAGUGUUAGGCUGGGGUCCGUCAUGUGAUGAUGACACCCAGCUACCCCAAAUCCUGGAGAAGCUAGAGAGGGCCAGCACCAAGAUGCUGGACCGCUGGAGUAUCAUGACCUACGAGAUCAAGAUCCCACCCAAACACCACUGCCCUACCACGCCCGAGGGAGCCGACGGCUGCCAGUUUCACAUUUCAGCUUAUGAAGAUUCAGUAGCUGCUCUUCUCACAAAGAUCCUCAACUCACAACGGCACUCUGUGGCCAUCUCUUCUGCCAAGAUUUUGUGUGAAACAGUGAAAGAGUUUGUUACCAAAGUGGGGAAAGCUUAUGAGAAAAGUACGGAGAAUACUGACGAGUGUGACUCCAUGUCUGUCAAAUGUGCCAUCCUGAAUGAGAAGCUGGAGUCUCUCCUGCAGACUCUGGACUCUGACUCAAAGCCUCUGUCCCUGCCGUCCCACGUCACUCCUCCUAUUGUCGAGGAGGAGCAGGAUGAAGAGGAGGAGGUCAGUGAGGAGAGCUUCACUGAGCUGAAGGAGAAGCUGGAGGAGGAGGAGACGGAGAAGGGAGGCGACCAUAGAGAACCCCCACUUCAGCUCUUUAAAAGCAGGGAGCAACUGAUGCUGAGGGCCAACAGUCUGAAGAAAGCUGUCCGACAGAUCAUUGAGCAAGCUGUCAGAGUGGUGGAUGAGCAGAAUGCCUUGACAGAGGACGCAGAGCUGCCGUCUCCCCUGGAGUUUCAGAAGGACAGCGAGGAGGAGAACAGAGACAGCGAGAAAGAGGAGGACACCAAGGAGCUGGAAGCCGUGUCAUCUGCCAGGAGUCCCUGCUCUCCAACAGAAAGAAGAGUCAACUGCAGUACCCAGUCCUACAGCUCUUUCACCAUCACUCCCUUCACCACCAGUAAGGAGAACCUUCCUGUCCUCAACACGCGGAUUAUCUGCCCAGGCUUGAGAGCCGGGCUGGCUGCCUCUAUUGCUGGCAGCUCCAUCAUUAGCAAGAUGCUGCUGGCUAACAUUGACCCCUUUGGUGCAACAUCCUUCAUUGACCCCGACCUCGACGCUCUAGAAGGCUACAUGGAGAAGUGUGUCAUGAACAACUACUUUGGCAUCGGCCUGGAUGCAAAGAUCUCAUUGGAGUUCAACAACAAAAGAGAAGAGCACCCGGAAAAAUGCAGGAGUCGAACCAAAAACAUGAUGUGGUAUGGCGUUUUAGGCACAAAGGAGCUUCUUCAAAGAACAUAUAAGAAUCUGGAGCAGAAGGUGCAGCUGGAGUGCGAUGGUCAGUACAUCCCCUUACCCAGUCUCCAGGGGAUCGCAGUGUUAAACAUUCCCAGCUAUGCAGGUGGAACGAACUUCUGGGGAGGCACCAAAGAAGAUGAUAUCUUCUGUGCUCCAUCUUUUGAUGACAAGAUCCUUGAAGUGGUGGCUGUAUUUGGGAGCAUGCAGAUGGCCAUGUCCAGAGUCAUCAAGCUGCAGCAUCACCGCAUUGCACAGUGCCGAACAGUGAAGAUUACCAUCCUCGGAGACGAGGGCGUUCCUAUUCAGGUGGAUGGUGAGGCCUGGGUCCAGCCGCCUGGGGUAAUAAAGAUACAGCACAAGAACCGAGCACAGAUGCUCACCAGAGACAGGGCGUUUGAGAACACACUGAAGUCAUGGGAGGACAAGUUGAAGUAUGACAAGCCGCCUCUGAGGCCUCACCUGUACUCUCAGCAGUCUGUGGAUCUGGCAACAGAGGAGGAGGCCACGCUGGUGCAGAGUUGUGCCAGAGCUGCAGAAGAGCUCAUCACAAGGAUAUGUGAGGCUGCAAAGACUAAUGGGCUUUUAGAGCAGGAGCUGGCUCACGCUGUCAACGCUGCCUCUCACGCCAUCAACAAAACUCACCCCAAGUUUCCAGAGAGCCUGACGAGGAACACAGCCAUUGAAGUGUCCAGCACUGUCAAGGCACUUCAUAACGAAACGGAAUCGCUUCUGCUGGGCCGAGUCUCCCUGCAACUGGACCCACCAGAGGAAGAGCAGCUGUCCAAUGCUCUGCAGAGUGUGGAGGUUGAACUGGGAAAACUGGGAGAUGUCCCCUGGCUUUACUACAUCCUGCAGCCCAAUGAUGAAGAGGACCCCUCUCUUGGUUACGGAAAGAGGAACAGUCGCAGCAGUGUGUUUCGUAUUGUGCCCAAGUUCAAGAAAGAGAAGGCGGCCAAGAAGACCAGCCCUCAAUCAGUAGAGAGGUGGGGCACAGAGGAGGUGGGCAUCUGGCUGGAACAGAUGAGUCUGGGGGAGUACAGAGACAUCUUCAGUCGACAUGACAUUCGUGGCUCUGAGCUGCUGCACCUGGAGAGACGAGACCUGAAGGAUCUGGGUAUCUCGAAGGUGGGUCAUAUGAAGAGAAUUCUCCAGGGAACCAAGGAGUUGGCAAAGGCCUCCAUGGUUGACCUCUAAUUUGGGAGAGAACGGCUGCUACAGACGGGAGAGAAGCGCCCCUUUUUCAUGUGACUGAACCUGUUUGGGAGUACUGAGUAAGAGGAGCCUGCAUUCGAAGGGGGAAUUUCUAUUUUUUCUAUCUUUCUGCUGGGAAACUCGGCUGUAAAAGCGAGACAGAUUUUGUGAUUGUGUGCAAUUUUGUGCCAAAAUUAUAUAGUGACAAAAGCUAAGGGAAGUCCUGGAUCCUGACAACAACAAAAGCCAUUUAACACUUCAGAGCCGUUCACAGCACACAAUCACGUAUGCAACUAACUUAACUUAGGAAUAGUUGUCGGAAUUACAGUAACAAGUUAGUAGCAAAACAAAAACUUCCAAAAAUGUUUACUUUUAGCAGGGUGAGCUGCGAAUGCAAUAACGCAUUCCAGCAAUGUUAUGAUUUCCUUAUAAAAAGAACAUUUGCAUCAUCGUCAGUGUGGAAGCUGUGCUUUGUUGUCAUCUUAAGUAACUUUAAUUGCAUGGUCAGUGCCAUGAUUUCUUUGCAUGCAAAAGUUAAGCUUGGACAAGUUUUACAUGACUUAGGUAUAACGAUGUAAUUUAUUACUCCUAAAAGUU